AGAAAACCCGCUCGUAGCUCGAGGGAUGAUGGCGAGGGAGCAGAUGCCAAAGAAGGAUUGGUAUGGCGUCCUGGGGGCGGACCCGUCUGCCGAUGUGUCAGACUUAAAACAGAAGUAUCAGAAACUCCUAUUAAUGUAUCACCCUGACAAGCAGAGCACAGCCACACCGGCAGAGACGCUGGAGGAGCAUCGACAGAAGUUCAUUGAGGUGGGCCAGGCCUGGAAGGUUCUGGGGAAUGAAGAGUUGAGGAAGGAGUACGACCUGCAGCGGCACGAAGAUGAGCUCAGAAGUGUGGGACCAGUACAUGCACACGUGUAUCUGGAAGAAAUGUCUUGGAACGAAGAUGACUCUGGCAGCAAAGGAGGCGCCCGUUCUUUCUCUCUGAGCUGCCGGUGUGGUGGCACAUACAGCAUUUGUGAGCAGGAGGUGGCAGCCACGGGCCUGGUUCCCUGUGACACGUGCUCGCUGAUGGUGGAGCUCCUUCACAACAGCUGAGCUGGGCCACGGUGGAGGUUGUGUGGAGCCCGGCCCUGUCCUCCAGGAGAGGCCAAGCAGGCUUCCAGAGUCCUCCAGGGCCACCGCAGAGUAAUAGGAAUGAGCUGCUUCACUUAGAACUGGUAUUUAUAGACUGCAAAAGGAAAAACUUCAAUUACAAUUUGCAUUUUAUGGAUUGGUGUCUGAAAACUUUUGUUUGCUCCUUGGAAAACAAGAAUUUUCUUUUUGAAAUGAGGCUGUUUCCUGUUGUGUUCACUGUGGUGCUGUGGAUUCCUUCACAGAGACUUGGGUUCUGAUCUGAGAGACUUACCAGCUGCAGGAGGGUGGCCCGGCGGAGGCGACCUGCGCAUUCGGGUAGAGAAGGGGAGGCAGCAGCCGGGGAAGCGCCCUGCAUCUCCAAGUGCAGUGUGAAGAGUGGAAGCUCAAUCUCAAGUAGCUGCUUCCCUUUCUUAUUCCAGAACCUUGAGAUUGGCCUCUCCCUCCCUGUGUUAGGAAUCACCUCUGGGCUGAUGGCACAGACGGUAAUCACGUGGCGCCGGGGACUACCCUGCCCUGGCAGUGUUUCCUUACUUCUGUGUACAGUGCUGCCUCCCUUGUUGAAUGACUCCAGAGCCCAAACUCCACCAUUUGAACAGAAAGAU